AUGGGCAGCAAAGGCGCAGCCAGACGCCAGUUGUAUCUGGACGGCCCCCCAAGGCAGUCAGCGAGCGGCGCUCCCGCGCUUCUCCCACCAGCAGCUCUCUGCCGGCCCCGCCACGCUCCCGCCACGACCCGGGAUAGCCCGGAAGUCCCCAGGCCACCCUUUCCCCAGUACCCUUCGGGGAAAUCCGGAACAGGUCUGCAGGAGCAGAGAACAAAACAAACAAAAACCCCGUAA